UUGUGUAAUUUCAUUUAUCAUCUCAAAUCUAAAUAGUUAAGAGUUGCGAGUGAAUAACUUAACAUUCACUAACUGUUUCGUAUCUUCGUUGUGUAAAAUUAGCUGUGUUACACCGAAAUUAAGCUUUGUCUUAUUUUCCUUGAAAAUCCUGUCUUAUUUUUGUAAAUGAUAUUUGUAGUUAAAACUUAUGUGCUGCUGGGAUUAUAGAAAUUGAUAAAAAAUGGAUACUUUAAGGUUUUAUUUUGUGACCUGGAAUGUUGCUACUAAGUCUCCAGGUCAAGACUUGAAUUCCUUAUUGGAUUUUCCAUCACAAUUUAAUAGAAACAAACCUUUACCAGAUUUCUAUGUUAUUGGUUUACAAGAAGUUAAAUCAGCUCCUCAGAACAUGGUAAUGGACAGUUUGUUCACUGACCCAUGGACAUCCACCUUUAACAAGAUACUUUGUAGACAAGGCUUCAUAAUUGCAAAGACAAUAAGGCUGCAAGGCAUCAUACUAAUAGUGUACACACAGCUGAAACAUGUUACACAUCUUCGCGAUAUUGAAGCUCAGUAUACUAAAAUAGGAUUUGGAGGACUAUGGGGUAACAAAGGUGCAGUUAGUGUAAGGUUCAAUAUCUAUGGUUGUUCAGUGUGCCUUGUGAAUUGUCAUCUUACAGCACAUGAACAUUUACACCAUCAUCGUGUUACUGAUUACAACACAAUAGUAAAUAAUCACACAUACCAUGUCACGGAAACUACCCACAUUUUGUUCCAUGACUAUGUGUUCUUCAUUGGAGAUUUGAACUGUCGCCUUGACCAUCCGCCUGAUGAAAGCCCUUCAGCGGAAGAAAUAGCUGCUGCACUACAAGAGGUAGAAAAAGAUAAAUAUGCAGCACUGCUCAAAUAUGACCAGUUGUAUGCUUCCCAAGAAUUAGAUGAAGCAUUUGUUGAGUUAACAGAACCUGAGAUUAGGUUCCCACCCACCUACAAGUUUAUAUUAGGCACGGAUGAUUAUGAUCUCAAGAGAAAACCAUCAUGGACGGACAGGAUACUGUACAAAGUUGUACCUAAUAAUUAUGAAAAUAUAACUCUGAGAGCGGAUUGCUUAAGUUACAAUGACGUACCACAUUACACAGUUAGUGACCAUAAACCCGUGGUAGCAGUUUAUACCAUCAAGGUUCAGAGGCUCCUCACUCGCUCCCUGAUGGCUGAUGUACCGAGAGCAACACGUUCUAUGAUUAGAAUGCGGACCGCUCUCGUCAAGCCUGCGGACACCCCUGAAGACGAGGCAGGCACUAGUACCCCUGAUGUUCCUGAAGGUGAAGAAGAAGAAGAAGAUGUAUGUGAUAACGUAGAUGGUGUCUUCGUCUCAGAUGAGGUGAUGGCCAACUAUACAGAGAAGACGGUGGAAUUCGCACCCGUGGUGAGGAUCUGGUACAUCGGGGACGCGGACUUUAGAACGCAGUGUACUUUAUCACCCGACGUUGAAAUAAACCCAAAUGAUUGGAUCGGCAUUUACGAUGCGGAUUUCCACAAUUUAGACGACUACAUCGCAUACGAGUACCUCGCUAAGGUAUCAUUACCACACGAUUCUCCGGAGAGCGGACAAGCGCGCACCAUCACGCUCAGCUUCCCUGUAGGCAGCGGUGUGCGCACACCCGGCUUCUACCGAUUCAUAUAUUUCAGUCAGCCCAAUAACGAAGUCAGGAGUGUCUUGGGUAUAUCAGAUCCAUUCGAAGUGUGCAGCAAAGAGGAUGCUCUGGUUACAAUAGAUCCGUGCGAGCAGGCCUCCACCAGCUCGAGUUCCGGCAAGCCGACUACCGCGACCACCGACUUGUUCACCGACUUUACCGGCCUUGACGUCACGAAGCUGUCGCGACAUUUCUCCAAUGACCUAAGUAUUGACUGACUAAAGACCUAUCUUCCCAGCUCACCUGUCGCUAGGAAGAAACGAGACGAUUAAAAGGUAUUUUUAAGAGUAAAUGUCACGUAUGUGAUCCCGUUGUAUAGUUGAUUAAAAUCAUCAUCACCAUCAUCAUCAUCAUAAUAAUUUUCAUCAUCAUAACUAUCAGCCCGUGUCAGUCGCAUCAGAGAGAGUCACAAAAUUCAGUAAUAUGACAAGCUAACCGCAUUAGGAGUGGAUAAAAGUUCACCUUUUUGUAGAGUAUUAGGUGUUUACUAAAUCUAAACUAAGGGCCACCACUUAACAACUCUCUGUGCGGCUGUGUCAUGCAUAUAUUUUUAGCAAUAUAACCUUUACGAUGAUGGCACUAUAUGUUUGAUUAAGAAUUGUGUGCAUUUGGUAUUCACCUACCUUGUUUGUGACAAAAUAAAGUUCAUUUUCGCACGAAUGUUCCAAAAUUAAAACAAAAAUUUUACCAUAUGUAGCGUAUGUCAUCAUUUUAUACGUUUUAUGUACUUAUUAUUUAUUUAAAGUAGUAUUCAGUUAUUUCGUCAUUAACAAAAAUAUCAAUGCAAUAGUGAACUUUAUUGCUAAAGGAUUAUGUUUUAUAUUCAUUUAAAAUAGGUCUAUUUAGAAGCGACAAUGAAUCCAUGAGCAUUUUGAUAGGUUUAGAAAGAAAAAAAAUUAAUACCACACAAAUAACACACAAAAAAUUAAAGAAAAGUUUAGCAUAAGAUAGCCAAUUCAUUUAGCUAAUUCAGUAUUAAAUUAAGACACAGAAAUCAAUCAAAACUAUCUCGUCGCAGCAUCAACGCAUGCGCAAGUUUAAAAGUCAAAUGAGCGAGAUAGAUGAAUCGCUCUCGCUCAUUCACUCUUUCGUUCGUGUCGAGAAAAGGACGGGUGAUUCAGUAGCGGUGUUAGGCUAGGGCGAGGUGGUGCGACCGCCCUAAGCGCCGGGCUUAAGGGACGCCUGAGGUGCGCCCUAAGAUACUUUAUCUUUGGAGUUUUAAAUCUCGCCCAGGGCGCGAGAAAUGGUAAAGCCGGCCCUGGGCUGAUUCUAAGAACGAUAAAUUCAAUUAAAAUUUUAUCAUGGCUUCUAGACAAUAAACGUUUUGUAGGUAAAAUGUAUUUAAAUUACUAUAAGGUUAUUUAGUUUCAGUGAUUUAAUAGUACAAUUAUUAGGUUAUAUUUUUCCUGCACUAACUAUAGGUACAAUGUACUUGCCUAGAUACAAUAGAUUAAAUAUAAUUUGCCUUUGUUUAGCUUUUCUUAGUAAAAUUUGUAAAAAAAAUCUAUUAUAUAUUUCUUUGUUAUUUGUGGGAUUUCCCAUUAUCAAAUUCCGCAAUCAAGAAAAAUCUAAUUAGUUUUUGUAGAAAUGAUUCAUUAAUUGUCGUCACAAAUGUAUUUGAUAAGAUAAAGGUACAAUAUAGUUACACGCCUAUUGUUUUUAUAUUGUGUUAGUCGCUAGUCAGAUUAUAAACUAACGGAGAUGACCCGAUGCUACUAGAAUUAAUAUAUAUAUAUUGUCUCUAUUUUGUUAAACAUGUAAAUGACAGUGAAAUUCCACGGUUAUUCGUAAAAUCGAGUUUAUGUACAAUGAACUAGCGUAGUUUGUUUUUAUAUAAUAUUCUUAAGCUGUUUAAAGAAUGUAUAGAUAUUUUACUUCUAUCUGUAAAUGUAUGACAACAGACAAGAACAUAUAGUAUUUAUCUAGACCGGUAAUAUAUAAAAAUACAUACGCAUGGAAACUGACAUAAAAGAAAAAAAACCUUGACAA